GCAAUACUAUUAUUCCCAUCAUGGUAUCGGAGCUAAACCCAAACCCUAGCCGCUUACGGCUCUCUCUCUCGUCACUGCCACACGGUUGGCAACUCUUUCUUCUUCGUCCGAACGAUGUGCCCUCUCCAUGGCGAAACAUACAGAUCCUCUUGAUGCUCUUCCCACAGGGUUGAAGCUGUUUAUCAAAAAUCUUCAUUCUCUCACACCAGAAAAGCUUGAUGACAACAACUUUCCCUCUUGGAUUGCUACAACUUCUGCUAAUCUCUCUGCCCACAGAUUAAUGGGAUAUGUCGACGGUUCAACACCAGCCCCGCCAGCCACCAUCACAGUUCCCGCCGACAAAGACGUAGCCGCCGCUGUUAUUCCGAACCCAGAAUUCGAGUUAAAAGAGCAACUCUAUAAUGUAAAAAAAGGUUAUGACCCCAUGCAAAAGUAUCUUGAUUCGGUUGUCAAAAUUGUGGCUGCCCUGGAUCGCUCAAAAGCGGGUGUUCCUGAGCAAGAUGUUGUUCUCGCUGUUCUUCGCGGGUUACCCUCAGACUAUGCCUCUAUUAAGCAGAACAUUCGUACCAAUAUUGCCACAGUUACUUUUGCACAGGUCUCGUCAUGGCUAUUGGCUGAGGAACUCAACCUCCAGAUGGAACACAAACUUCAAGUCCAUGACUCUUCUUCGUCAGUUGAACCCCACACUGCCCUCUAUGCUCAGUCCGGUUAUGGCGGACGUGGUCGUGGUCGAAAUCUGCAGCGAGGCCGAGGCACUUAUUCUGGUCGUGGGGGACCUCCUGGGCGUGGCGGCUUUACUAGGGGGCGCGGCAGUGGUGCUCCAGGACGUGGUCGUGGUCCCUCCCGUGAUUCCAGUGUGCCAAAUUUGCGGGAAAUAUAAUCAUGCAGCAUGGGACUGUUG